AUGAGUGACGGAACUCCUAGGAUACCUGCGGCCUUUCCAAGGUCUCCUGCAACUGGUCGAGCACGUCGAGUGCCUCAUUCACCCUCACCUCCAGCUCGGGAAUCUCCACCUCGUUCAGUGGGUGCGAUUGUUUCUACUUCCAUGACUUCAACUAUCGCAACAGGUCCAAAGAACAACGCCCCGCCCAGCAUGGUACAAACUAGAGACGUUGCUCUUCCACCGUUAAUAUCGCUCGAUACACUAGAUGCGCCGACACAACGUUUAUACGCGGUUGGCUUCUUUGUCCUUCUGCAAGCGUGGAAGUUUUACGACAUCGCGCGAUUGUAUACUACGGAUGGGGACUCGAUAUCUGAGUUGUGGUUCUGCUCUAAAUGGCUGGUUGUGGAUGGCUGUUUCUUUUGGUUCCUACCAUUACUUCGGAUACCCUGGCUCACAUUUACGCCGAAUUUCACCCUGCGUACUAUAGCUAUUUUCUCGGUGGUGGACAUCUUUUUGAGUCUGAAAUAUGAGAUCCCUCUUACAGCGAUUAUUGGAGGCCUUUGGAAGUUUAUUUAUGAUCGGGAGGUUUCCAUUUCUGAGAAAAGUGUCAAGUGGUACGAUAUCGUAAAUAACAACUCCCACAUCCAGGGAAAGUAUACGGUUCAUAUUUUACCUGAAGGUGCCGUCAAACUGAAUCCGAAUGCAAACUGUUUCUGCUUGGGGGAGGGUGUCUCUGCAAUCAAUCUCCCUAUUCGCAUCAAUGGGACGAAUCCCAUUCACAUACAGCUUGCCAGAAUUGAUUUUGAGACGGGGGGCGCGGAUGUGAUCGAUAUUAGUGCCAAAGAGAUUAAAAAGAUGCUUAAACGGGCUGAGAAAGGCGAGGAUCCAAAGUUACAGGUUCUCUCGUAUUCAGUCAAACAGCCUGGCCUUUAUCGUCUCACCAAAGUCACAGAUGUGACAGAAUUGGACGUCCGCAUUUAUCGAUCUGAGGCUCUUGUCGUAUCUUGUCCGAAGGCAGCACUCAAAGUUUCCCCUACGUACAAAAGGAAUAAGUGCAAGGGGGAUAUGUCGGAUCUUGCACUGCAAGUAGAGGGCCUUGCGCCUCUUCAAAUUACAUAUAGCCGUGAGAUGAAAGGGAAGCCUACUGUGUUUACAGUCCAAAGUAUUCAUCCCGAAAACUUCGAAUCGCCUCUGCUUGCUGGAUUCAGCAGCGAUGGGACAUUGGCAGAGCAAGGCGAUGCUGCCCUGUCCUGGGCGCAACGUCAGAAUAUUCCUGUACCUCUUAACGAAUCACUUGGUUCCUCUGGCGACUGGGUUUAUUCAGUGGAUAAGGUUUCUGAUGCCUGUGGCAAUGCUGUCGAUUACAAUGCUGCUUAUGAGGAUGGUGAUUAUGUCGUUCCUAAGAGAGGGAGCCUUUCGCAAAACCUCAAAGUUCAUGAUAGGCCGCUUGCUCGCUUUCUUGGCUGUGAUCCUCAGCAUCCGAUGGAUCUGCCGAAGGGAGCCACGGGGGUUCUUCCCAUACAGCUCUUGUCUGGUCAAGAUGAUGCGCCAUACGAGGUUGAGCUUACUUUCACGCCGUACGAAAAGCUUGGGUUGGCCUCUGAGCACGCUUUGGGUGCGGCGGCGGGGGUACAUAAACUCAAGACUCUUAGCCAUGUUGUCUCCAUCAAGGAACCCGGUCUUUAUAGUGUGAAGGCGAUUUCUAGUGACUUUUGUUCCGGCGAUGUGAUGGAGCCAGCUUCAUGUCUUGUCAUUACUCCUCCUGAACCAAGCAUGGCUAUGAGAUCCGACGAGAUCCUCGAUAAAUGCACCGGAUCAUCGAUUGGUCUUACGAUCGAUCUUACACUUGUUGGAGCUCCGCCCUUCGAACUUUCCUACCGCCUGAUAAAAGACAAUGGGAACCCGGCAGUCAAGACUUUGACGAUUGAACGCACCAGACAUCAAGUGCAAUUCACCCCUGCGGAUGCUGGUCACUACGCAUAUGAGUUUUUCAGUCUACGGGACAAAAAUUACGCUAAUGUCAAGAUUGAUCCAAAAACCAAUUAUGUGGAGCAAACUGUCAAACCUAUGGCUGGGGCAACCUUUGUCGAUCCUUCUCCUAGAAAGAAGGUCUGUAUUGAUCAGCCUGUCGAAUUUGACGUCAAGAUGCAGGGGAUGCCUCCAUUAACAUUGAACUACGAACUCAUUCAUAACGGCAAAAGAACCAAGAUGACGGAACCUAACAUCACGACCGGUAUCCAUACAAUCAGGACCCCACCAUUGGCAAACGGUGGGGAAUAUGCGCUGGCUCUAACCACGGUUGAGGAUGAGAGCGGUUGCCAGAUUUUUGUUGGGUCCGAGGCCAAGAUCGAUGUCAGAUGGCAAAGGCCAAAGGCACAAUUUUCCUCGAUUGAAGGUAAAAUGUCCGUAAGGGCUCUAGAAAGGAAGACUGUAGACAUUCCAUUACGCUUAACUGGCGAAAGUCCUUGGGAUGUAUCCAUUCGGAACCUAGACAGUAAUGAGCCUGCCAAACAGCUCAAAUUCGCUGGUUCCAACGCCUACCUGACCGUCAGGGAUCCGGGUCGGUACAAACUUGAGAGCGUACAUGACAAUGGGUGCCCUGGAACAAUAACCGAAUCAGACAGCACGUUUCUGAUCACCUGGAUAGCAAGGCCGAUGUUGAAGUUAGCAGAAUCUUCGUCCACAACCAAGGGUGAUGUGUUCACUAGAAAAGAUGUUUGCGAAGGAGAUGAAGAUGCUAUCGAGCUUGCCUUCGUUGGGAGCCCACCCUUCACAAUCGACUAUGAGCGGACAUUCAGGCCUGAGGGCUAUGAUUCUAGAAGAGCGCUUGACCCAAUUCCCCAAAAACUUACUGCUGGCCUCGGUGUUGCUACUGUGCGCCUAGAGACAUCCCAGGCGGGUGUCAACCGGUAUAAGUUUUCUCGGAUUGCAGAUAGUCUUUACGAUAGCCCACGGGAAAGCCUUGUCCAGAAUCCAAUUAUCCUUGAGCAGACUAUCCACUCGAGGCCGUCCACGAGUUUCGCAAAUCCCAGCAAAGUCUAUAAGUAUUGUCUGGAUGCGGGCGCGGGAGAUGAUAUAAUUCCCAUCCAGCUUCAUGGGAAAGCGCCGUUCUCAUUGACCAUCAAUAUUAAACACUUCAAUACCGGCAAGAGCGAUGUCAUCAAUAUCCCGCACAUUGAUUCCAAUAUCUUUAACUUUAGAAUCCCAAGCCAUGCUUUAACACUCGGAAGCCAUGCAGUUAGUGUCCUCAAAGUGAAGGAUUCUCGUGGAUGUGUACGAAAGACUAUGGAGGGUCCCCAUGUUAUGGUGGCUGUUGCUGAUAUGCCAACUAUCUCACCUUCCAGCCAACAAACGAAUUACUGCGUCGGAGAUCGUAUAUCUUUUACACUUUCGGGGGUCCCGCCUUUUGCUGUUGAGUACGAAUGGAACGGUGUUUUGAUGAAGGCACACAAUCAGCCUUCCGAAUUUGCCCGUGUAGCGGAGAAGCCUGGUAAUUUCACGAUUACGGGACUUCAGGAUUCUGCGAGUGAUUGCAAGGUGAAUGUUGGGCUCACUCAGAUUGUCCGUGAGGUCCCUUCUGUUCGAAUUAGCGACGGUUAUACAGUGGUCAGGGGUAUUCCCGAGGGUGACCAAGCUGAGAUUCACUUCGACUUUUAUGGCACCCCACCAUUUACAUUCACAUAUACUCGUAGUGAGAUUGCCAAGAAGGGCUCGAAGCCCAGAAUCCUUGAAAUGCAUUCACAAACUACAGACGGCUAUAAAUACAGUAUGUUUGCAUCCCAGGAAGGCACCUACGAAGUUGUGUCCAUUGAGGACAGUUACUGCUCCUACGCUGCGGGCAAGGCGAACUCGGGACGGAAAAGGUAG